CAAGUAGAGAGUGGAAGCUUGCGAUGAAGAAGAAGUGUCGUGGAUACUUGUUUCAAUCGCUUGUGACUGUCCUAUCGUUUGGCCAUAUUUUAAGUUCGUUGGCGACGCCAGCAGGAUUUCGCUGGUGUUGUGUUUCGGAAGCAGAAGUUUCUAAGUGCUUACACUUGGCGAAUGUGACAUCACAGAUCGCCUGGUUCCGGGGGAUGAUAUGUAUCCAUGGAAACAACGUUACAAAAUGUGUCAAGAUGGUUGGUCAUGGAACGGCCGAUUUCAUCACUUUAGGAGAGGAGAAUAUUUAUCAGGCUGGUUCCAAACAUGGUCUUGUGCCAGUGGUAGCGGAGGACUAUGGCAAACAAGAAGAAGGUCUAGAAAGCUAUUCCGUUGCCCUUAUUAGAAGCAAUCUGUCGGAAGGUGUCUCAAUGAAUUCGCUAAAGGACACCAAAUCUUGUCACCCUGCCGCGGGGGACUCAGUCGGGUGGACAGCUCCUGUUGGACUGCUGAUUGGAAGAGGAGUGAUUCAGUGGAAUGGUUGCAAUACUUACCAGUCCACUGGGGAGUAUUUUGACCAAAGCUGCGUCCCAGGGGCUCUUUCGAAUGAAUACAACCCACAAAACAGCAAUCCCACGGGUCUGUGUGCGAUUUGCACUAAUCAGAAGACUUGUCCACGAAAUGUUUCCGAACGGUACUUUGGUUAUCAUGGGGCGUACCGCUGCCUGACGGAAGGCGCUGGGGAUGUAGCUUUUGUCAGCCAUCUCACGGUGUUCCUACACACUGGAGUGGAAAAUGAUUUUAAUCCAGGGAGGGAUUUCAAAUUGCUUUGUUCCGACGGAACUCGAGCAGAUGUUGGAACCUUUCAAACAUGUAACCUGGCCAGGAUUCCUUCUCGUGUCGUCAUGGCACGGCCCGGAGGCAUGGUAAAGAGUUUAAAACAGUGGCUUCUUCGCUUAGAUGAAUAUUGUCGGACAAAUCCGCACUUUUUCCAAAUGUUUAAUUCUUCCACGUACGGUGGUAAAGACUUAUUAUUUGCAGACUCCACGGUCAAGCUUAUAGAUGUGAAAGAAAAGAACACGACCCAGACUUGGCUUGGUGAAGAGUUCUAUUUCGCUCUUCAGUCACUCAGCUCCUGCCCAGAGGUACUUGUAGCAUCUAGAUCACUUACGGUCAGAAUCGAACCGAGAAGGACUGGGCAGUUUAUAUCAACUGAGUUCAUCUCCUUAGUCCUUACUCUUUAUUGCUGCCUGACAUAAAACCAAACGGAAAUGCUAACACUCGGCGGCGUGGUUUAAAAGUAUCCCGGUCAAAACAUCGACAGCAUUUGGUUUCACAUACGGAAUCUAGUAACAGCUAGUGUUGAUGUGCGAGUGCAUCUCUAAGGUUUGUGUGCCUGAAUCAGCAUACCAUACCGUUACCGAGAUCGGUCAAUUAUCAAAUCAUCAACCUUACUCUGGGAGACAUUCUUCUCACGCUUGAAAAAGAGUAUCGGUCGGUUCUAUAGACGCCGACGGACUCCUUUAAUUUCACUUUUCUUCGAAUUAAACGGUUUUAAAUCAUCUGCGUUGGUUCAAAAAGGCACAGAUAUUUCGAGGUACUUCACAAAAUUUAGGAAGGGGAGAAACAAUCCUGAUUAUCUUCAAAUUGCAUUGAAAUAUUUCUUAGUAGCAAGGUGUCUAGUCUCUAAAACUAAACGCAACUAAUUAUAGAACUGGUUAAAAAAGUGGAAACUGCAAAUGAAAAGGAAAACGGAAAAAAUGAGAAUCAAAGAAAAAACAAGGAAUGAGUGACUAAAAAGUAAAUGAACGAACGAGCGAACGAAUGCAUGAACGAGUGAAAGUGUUCUUGGCUCCCGUGAUCUUCUAUAAUUAAUUACAUCAGAAAGCUAAAUUGCAUUGGAGAUCACCGAGACAAUCUGAAUGGUGUACAGCAAUGAGCUCAGGAAGAAGAGAGGCCCCUAAAAGGAUAUGAUCUCACUUGCAUUAAAUUGUAAACCGAAUAACAUUGUCCGUGUGUUAUUUAAAUGCUUGCUGUUUUUCGUAUUUUGCACAAAAUGCUAACAAUUUGUCACUUAAUUGCACAUAUAUCUUUGUAAAAAAUUGUAUUUCGAAAUCUUUGUUUUCUUUACUCGAAUCCUGCGACAAUUUGACAAACGAUCCGAUUUUCGCCGAGUUGUAGUUGAGAGUUCGCUUUCUGACGUGAUUUGAGGCUUAUUAUGCGAAAUCACCUUGUACAAAAAAGAAUUUGGUAGAAAAAAAAGGAAAAACAAAUAAUCAAUGUAAAAAAGAAAUCGAAGCAUUUCACCAAGUGGUAUCAAACAAGAAACUCACAUCUUUCCAACCAACUUUGGCAUGCGAAAUAAUAGUGACUGGCACGGUUCGUGAGGUCUUACUUUAGGCCGAGUCUUGCUUACUUACUUUCUUACGUAUGCUUACUUAAUUAUUACAUACCGGCUGGCAUAGGGCUUAUCUGGCUAUAAGCCAAUAAGCUAAAAAAAACACACAAGUACACCGAGCGAUUAAGAACAAAAACUUUAUUUCGAGAUCUGAAGCCACUGAUAGUUCAAAUGUCUUACUUUCUAAUCUCUUCUAGUGUUUCUUGUGCUUAAAAGAAAUUUUUUUUCCAUCUUGUUUUCUACGUACAUCGUCACGGCCCAGUGGCCUGGAAUCAUGUUAAAACUGAAAAUACCGCGGGGUAAAACUUUUUCUCUGACUGCCUUUUAUGUAACAUCUCGAUACACAAUCUGAAACUGACAUGGUGUGCUACGAAAACUGGAGACAUAACGUAAUCAAGAGAUUUUGCGCUAUAUGGCUGUUGAUUUUGUUGCUCUAAAACACGCACAGCAGCUGGAUCACGAGUGUAGCCCCCGCGGAACGGGUCCUGGCGGAAACAGAAGCUGUGAAAUAAGAGAAAAGCUAGCAAAAACACGCGAGGUAAAUUUGGGAGAGAGACUGGAGAGAGCCACGCUUGUCUAUCAUCGCGUGAGGUUCUUUCACACGUAAUAAUAGGACAUCAGACGAGAGCUUACCAAGCCGAACAAAAGAUCUGACCGCAAUCAAUUCGACA